UGAUACAGUUUUCAACCAUAUCGCCCAGCCCUACUAGAGUCUUAAAUAAUUUAGCCCUGGGGCCCGUGUAAUACAGAGUUUCAGUAUGCAUGUAGGAGGCCACCUGUCUUACUGUGCUUAUCGUAAGAAGGUUAGGUAAUUAAUCCAAGACGAGCAGAAUAUUCUGUCCUUAGCAUGCAAUAGAUUCGCAGUGAACAGUCAAUAAACAUAAUGGCUGUUGAACGCCCUAGAGGACUGUCGGCGCAUAUUCAUUUGGCCAACAGGGAAACGCCAACCCAAACGUCAUCACUCCCUCUGACCAAUGGUGUAACUUCAUCACUCAUUUACUCACUCAGUGACGAAACUUUUGCGUUUAAAGGGCUGGCCUCGCAUUGCUGCGGGCAAACCUAAAACAAACAAGGUUCUUUCUGUGAUUCUUAGACCCUUGUUCUUCUUUUUUAGGUCAGAGGUUUAUGACUUUUUUUGUGCUUCUGCAGUUGAAGGAUGACAUUGCGGAAUUUUUUUUUUCAAAAUUACUGUUUAUCAAUUUUAAGCAAACGUAUUGUAAAUUGUGUGAAUCCUGAUGGUGAUUAAAUCUGUAUAAUCUUAUUUUGUUACGCUACCUUAUCUCUAACCAAAUAAAUUGUGAUUCCGAGUCAUACAGGAAGGUCAGUCUUAUUUACACUGUCAUUCACUACCAUAAUUUAGGUGUCAAAUGUUUUCAGGGCCAUCUGAAUCUUUCAGUAUGUUCUGAAAUGGGAAUUGCAGUUUUGAAAUGUUGCAUUUUGCUGUGUGCUUUUUCUGUCUGCGGGUGCCAUUGUCAACUAUUUCCACCAGAGAUGAGCGUGGAAAGUAAACGCACGAGUUUGUGUCUGUCUGUCUGAAUGUUUCCUGUUAACAGCAGUGACUUUGUUUUCUCUCUUUGUCUAUGCUUUGUUGCCUUUGCCUCAUCUGUUCUUUCUUGCUAGUGAAGACCUGGAAGCGAAAUGGAUGACAUGAGCGUUCGACAGGAAGCAACAGAGUGGACAGCUCAAGACAAGACCUUCAAGAUGAUUGAUUUUACCCAUCCAAGAAGCUGAAGUCCAGUCCCUUUCAAUAACCCCUUUUUGUUUUUUGUUUUUUUUAACUUUUCAGCUUUGCAUUGCUAUCGGAGCGUUGUGCCCCUUCUUCUGCUCCAGGGGCCCUAACGAGCCCCCUACUUGGAGGGCUCCCAGGGAGCUCACUCCUGCUUGGCCAGCAGGCUGCCUCUUUGCAGCUGGCACAACUGAAAGCCCAGCUAGCACUGACACAGAUAAACAAUGCUCUUGCUGUUGGCAGCCGAGCCGCGACAUUGACAGCCAACUCCAACGCAACUGCUCCCUACAUACCCACAACACCCCCCUCCCCAACUGCUGCAGCCAUCAAUCUCCUUAACCUUCUCAAGAUUGCAAACACCAUGUCCCAUCCCCUGUAUAACCCCUAUGGCCCUGGGAACCAAAGUUCCAACCAGGGGCAGUAUGGACUCUCCAGUAUACCGGCAGAAAGGGACCCUCGGAUGGGAUCUUCUCACCUUGGACCUGGGUCCAGCUUCAACUCUCCUGGAGCUUCUUCUGGGACUCCUGCCAACUCUGGGGGAAUGCACCCGUCACUGCUGCCUCAGUCAAUGAACUACAGGCCUGAACAGAGUAGGGCCAUAAUAGACGAGAACAUAGAGAGGUCUAUAGACAUGCAUAUUAGCAGAGCAAGAGAGGAAGUAAGGCUUCUUGGCAAACCGAUGCAUCAGCCCAUAGACCAGGGCACUCGUUUUACCAGCACUCAAAGGAAUGAGUUUCUCUCCUCAGGCACAGGGAUGGUCUCCUACCAAAUGUCCUCAACCUCUCCCUCUCUAGGACAUAGACAAUCUGGCGUUGAAAGUGGCAGCAGCUCCUUGGACUGGUCAUCGAACUACAACAGGCCCACUGCUGAUAACCCCUCAAAAUUGUAUUCAUCAUCUGCUUCGUCUAACUAUGCAAGUGGUGGUGACGGUAGGUUUAGUGCCUCCAGCGAAAGAGAACGUGAUAUGCAGUCCAUUCCGGGGUUAGGUGAUUUUGACUAUCAAGUCCCAGAAAAAAAACCUGCGGCCCCCACAGAGCCCAAUCGACCAAAGUACACUUCUGAAUCAGCUUCUAACAUCCUUCAGCACUUUGGACUUGAAAAAGAGGACUUGGAACAUCUCAUCUCCUACCCUGAAGACCAGAUCACCCCUGCUAACCUGCCGUUCAUCUUGCGGCAAAUCUGCAUUGAGAAGAACAAGAGAACUUCAACUGUAGUUCAGUCAAAACCCCAACCCCAACCCACCAGAAGUGUGAGUGGAAUGGACAGUCACAGUUUGAGCAGGUCUGGAGGGGCAGGGAUGCGCCAGGAGGAAAUGUCAUCAGCUGGUCUCCAGCAGAGUAAAGUGAUUGACUAUGGACAUACUGGCAAAUAUACUGGAGCGGUUGGGGAUGAGAUUGGAAGGACUGGUAGCAGUAAAGCUAACAGUGGUGGGAGUGGAAGUUUGUUGCAGAUGGACACAUACGAUAGUAGCCGACACCUUCGAGAACCACUGCAAAAAAAUACAACAGAGGCGAAAAGCAGUGCCUUGGGUUCUUCACGUGAUCAGGCGAGUUCUGUUUCCAGUCUCAGCUCUUGGUAUAGUUCAAUUGUGAGCUCUGUGGCUUCCCCAAGCAAUGAUCCGACCAAGCAACUGCAGACCCAACACAAACCGACUUCCCAAACAGUCCUCAGCUCUUUCUCUCUGCCAAAGAAAGACACCGACAUCAGAGUACUCAAGUCUGAAGCCCCCAAACCUGUUCCUUUGAAAGAACCAGAGGUAGAACGCCAGUCAACGUUGAAAACCCAACCACCCCCCACUCUGUACCGUGGUGUGCAUCCCAGCCGACCUGGCCUUGUGGUCAUUGGCAGUAAUGACGCCAGUGGCACUAAGGGUACAAGUAAAACUCAAGGACAAGGGUCAACAGUUGCUGAGCAGAUGAAAAAGCAGCAGCCAAUGCAGCAGAAGCAGCCGAUACAGCAGAUGCAGAAGCAACCAGUACAGCAGAUGCAGAAGCAGCCAAUGCAGAAGCAGCCAGUACAGCAGAUGCAGAAGCAGCCAGUAUUGCAGACAGGGCAAGCGAUGUGGCCUCCAGUGUUUUCUGCUGCAACAUCAGUUCUCCCUGCUUCUCAAAUCCCCAGCAUCACCAAUGCCAUGCAACGUCCGCUGUUUAUCCCUGGUGGUCCUCACCUCAAUGCUAUUCCUCAAGCGCUGCCUCAGCCAAUCCCGGGCUUGAUGAACCUUACUCAUCUGACGCCGCCACCUUCCAACAGUCAGCCUCCGGCAAAGAGGGCAGUCUCCAAGGGUCUGCCAACGUCAGCCAUGAUGCAUGACUAUGCGGCGGCCACGCCGAGAAUCUUUCCACAUACCUGUACUCUGUGUAACAAAGAAUGUACUCGUAUGAAGGAUUGGAUCUCUCAUCAGAAUACCAGCCUUCACCUUGAGAGCUGCAAACUCCUCCGAAAACAGUACCCAGAGUGGGAUGGUGAGAUAGCACUAAGACCCAGUGCUGGAGGUAAAGAUGCCAAGGCCUCGUCCUCAAGUUCUUUACAGACUUCCCAGCAUCGUCAACAGAAAGUCAGGCAUGGAAGCCGCUCCCGUUCUCACUCGUCCAGCCCCCGUCGCUGCCAUGGCUCGGAGGGUAGAAGGGAGAAACGCAGUAGCCGAUCACGUUCGCCGCAUAAAUCCAGAUACACUCGCAGGUCCCGGUCUCGUUCUCGUUCCCCAUGGUACGAACGCCCUACCUCCUCCCGCUAUCGGUCACGCUCAAGGAGCCCCGAGAGACGAUCGUCGCCGAGGAGGAGAGACGAGAAACGGUCCUCACCACGGAGGAGAGACGAUAGACGAUUAUCUCCGAGGAGGAGCCGUGAGAGACAGUCCUCUCCAAGGAGGAGUGAUGAGAAGCGAACGGGAUCAAGGAGGAGUGAUCAGAGUCGAUCCCCUCAACGAAAGAACUCAAGCAAUGCAGAGAUCCUGACUAGGAAACUACUGAAAUCAUCAGCUGUCCAAUCUCUGUCAAAACAUUCUGAUCUGGAGGCCGUGGUUAAAACUCUGGCUCCUGCCUUACUGGCCGAGCUAGCCAAGAUGAAACCUUCCUCAUCUCCUACUGCCUCUUCCUCAUCUUCCUCUUCUACAGCAAAGAAGGAGUUGCCUAAAAAGCCAUGUAAAGCAAAGCUUAGCCUGCAGAAGAGCAAGGCAAGUUCCUUCACCAUGACUAAGUCUGGUAAAUCUUCACCUCCAACCAUGGUGAAACUACAAGGGAUUCGUAGUUCUAUCUCUCACAAUGAUGUGUUGGCUGCAGUGGAGCACUUUGGAAAAACCAAGUCAGUUGUACUGUUUCGCUCCAAACUGGAGGCAAUCGUGUGUUUCGAGAAAGCGGAAGACGCAAAGAAAUUGAAGAGCGUGGAGAGCCUCGAUGUUAAAGGAAUGCUAAUCACUGUUGUCAGAGAACAGGAGACUGUUUCUAAUGAGCAAAAGAAGCCUCCUCAGAAAAAGCCUGCCUCGUCCAGUGUUUCCACAUCUCAAACCGCUACCAAAAAGGUUCUUCUCCCUACACCUAACAUGCCUCCGCUUAAAGGGCCCAAAAAGCCUUUAUCUUUACCUUCUGGAGCCAAAAAAGCUACAACAGGCAAACUUGCCAAUCAGAAAAGUGCAGCUAAAGGCUCAGUUAAAGGCCCAACGACUGUUACUAAAGCAAAAGUCUUGGUUUCCAAGGCGAAAAACGUCUCAACCAGGCAGACAACAAAAAUGGCAACCAAAGCUGCGAAAAUGGUAAAAACGGGAAAUAGAGCUGAGAAGAGAGCUGUAAUAAAAGCCAUGGCGAUGCAAAAAAAGGCCAUGGUGAUGCAAAAAAAGACCACGACUCAAUCAGAAAAUCAGCUUGAGGUAGAAAAUUCCAAGCCUAAAGAAUCAGAAACCAAGGUUCAAGGAGAUGUGCCGAAAGACACAGCUGAUGUUGAAAAAGCGAAUGUCCCAGUUUUUGAACCUAAGCAUCAGGCAGAACUUGGCAAAGCCAAUGACGCUGAAGAUGCUGAACCAAUGGAGAUUGGGGAAAUCGGAGUUGAAGUGGCAGAACCCAUGGAAGUAGCAAGUUGUGCUGAGGGCCAAGGAGAAAAACCGGCAACUGCAGAGGCUGUACCGGCAACUGCAGAGGCUGUACCGGCGACUGCAGAGGCUUUACCGGCAACUGCAGAGGCUUUACCGGCGACUGCAGAGGCUUUACCGGCGACUGCAGAGGCUUUACCGGCAACUGCAGAGGCUGUAACGACGACUGCAACGGCUGUAUCGAUGACUGCAGAGGCUGUACCGACAACUACAGAGGCACCUGGAAAUUUACCAGGCAAUUCCAGUGAGAAUCAACCACCAAACGGUACAGUUGAGAACCUGCCGACAGAAACUGUUUUACCACAUGUCCAGCAAAGCACCUUGUCAGAACCAGAGUCCACUGCACAAGGACCGGAGACCAAGACGGAGGCUUCACACCUUCAACAGCAGGCUGCAGGAAGCCUGACUGAAGUCGCGGUGGAGGCAAAGCUGCCAGAUGAAAGGGUGGAGACAAAAACAAUGGAAAAAGAUGCUGUGACAGAAGUUAAGAGACAAAAGAAGACCCCUAUGACUCUUGAGGAGAUGGUUAAAUGGUACAUGCAUCCAUCCAGAAUAGCGUGCCUGAAGCUGGACUCAAGCUCGUACUCACCAAAGUUUAAGUCACUUAGGAAUAUGCAGUUGCUCAUAACCAACUUGCCGGAGUAUUAUGACGGCUGCUACACAGAAAAGGAUCUUGCUGAUCUACUCGUGCCCUUUGGAUUUCAAUAUGCAGAUGACAACAUCAUUGUUGUUCCUCAGGCGUGCAUGGCCUUUGUCAUGAUGCCGAAUAUGAAUGAUUAUGGGAACAUAUUGAAAGCCUCCGUAAGGAAGGGCUUUUUCCUCAGAAGUUUUAAACUUGAUUUCCAUGCAGUAUCCAAUAGCAUCAGAAUGACACCGUUGGAGUUUUAUCGGUGGCUGAAUAAGCAUGUGCAUUAUAAUAAGGUUGAUGAUGGAUCGAAAACAAUCUUCAUCAAGAACAUUUCAUGGAGUGAGUCCAACCAGCUCAGAGAAGAUUUGAAAAAGAUUAAUUCUGUUAAGCACUUCCUGCCUCUCCUCAACAAGGUAUUUAUAGAAUUUGAGUCCACUCACGACGCUGAUCGCCUCGGAGUUUGGUUGAGUCUCCUGAAACAACCCCCUGGCUACGAAGUCCACAGGCUGAAAAUGCCAUACACCAGCUGUACAUCACUACCACCAAGACAUCCUGAGAAAGCUCUGCCAGACAGCAAAAACGCUCUUGACUCAACGAUCCCGCCAAUAAAAUAUAGUAUUCCAGAUGCCAGCGUAGGACCAUUUUGGGUCACCAUGAGAACUAGUCCCUUCCUGUUCCCCACCGUGUCUCCUUGGUUCAUCAUCCCAGAGUACCUGACAGUCCGAGGAGAGGAAGAUCUUGAGAAGGCCAGUGGUCGUGAUUCCAUGAUUCCAGCAAUCAUGUUGACCGGUUUGCCAGAAGAAAACUACAAGCACGAGGACGUGGCUAAGCUGGUCUGGCAUUAUUUCCCGAAACAGAACCUUCACUCUCUGUAUUACAACGUGAUGGUCUUGAUGCUGCAGAGGAGGGCGUUUGUGUAUUUUCCUGAUUGGACAACAUGCUGCGAUUUUGUCCGAGAUCACAUCACAAAUCCAGUUUCUGUCGCAGGCUGCGCGCUUACAGUUCACAUUGUGUUGGAACACAUGAAACCCGAAUCCAGUGAGGAGAUGAUGUACACAACUCUGAUGAAGUGGAGCAACGCUGGAGUUCCAGAGUCCACUUCUCUGGAGGAGCGGUUGCUGUGUGUGGAGGUUUCUGAGGCGUCUGUGGACGUCGUCAGGACGGUCAUGGAAAAGGUUGCGUCCAUUGCGACCUUUGUCGGCUUUCUGCCGCUCGCCAACAGGAUAUCCAUUGAGAUGGCCGACUCCAGCGGUGUAACAAAGGUGGUGGAGAAAUACAACACUUGGAGCAAAGUUCAACGUGUUGAGUGUUUGAAGAGCCUAAAACAGCGUCUACAAGACUCCAGUGACAUCACACUAAACUUUGAACCGGACACCAUCAACGUCAAAGCCGAGCCCACAGCUGUGAAAUGUCAAACCCAGCCUCCUUCUUCUGAACUAUUGGAUAAUGGGUCACAACCCACUCUGCAAACCAGUGACCCUGCUGGAUCCACCAUUUCUGAGCCCACCACAGCAGGACCAAGUGAUACGGCCACAAGUGACAUAGCAAUGAAGGAGGACUGUGAGAAACCAGGAACUGAGAUCGCCAUGGACUCCACUGUUGAUCCUGAGGCAAAUGAAGAUGUAGAAAAAGCAGAAGUAAAGGGGGAAGAGGGUUCACUAACACCCUCGAUCUCUACUGCUGAUGUGACCUCUACUUCUGCCGUUAGCAGUGUAAACACGGUCCCAGCUGCUUCCAGUCCUGAUCCUUCUAGUCCUGCCACCACAGUGCUCAUGCCUGAAGAAAACUUUUCAAAACUUCCUCAGAUUAGUACGGACAUUUUCCAGGCCGUCGUGGCAGCAGUUCGCAACCACAGACUUACCCGGGAAAGCAAGUCCCAGAGGGAGGAGAAGAAGAGCUCCAGCAAAAGCAACACAAGCUCAUUAACUGCAAAGGUUGAAGAUGCACCAAAAAGAAAGUGUCAGGAUGAAUUUAUAAAUGACAACCCUUCUUCAGACGCCUAUCUUUUCGAAGAGCAAGAUUUCAACAUUGAUGACUUUGUUACUAUUGACGAAGUUGGUGAUGAUGAAGUGGGAGGCACAAGCCCCAAGCCUCAGAGGUCCUCCUCAUCUAGGCACUCCCCCAGAGCGAAAAGAGAGAGGCAAAGCUCAGGUGUGUCUUCUGUUGGCAAACGGACAUCAACGAGGUAUUCGAAAGACUCCAAGAGCUCAGCCUCUCCUUCACUCUCCUCACCCAAGUUGACUAAAGGCUCAAGCUCUUCUAGCUACGUGUCACCAAAAAAAUCCAAGGACUCAUCUGAGCCCACCAAAUCCCCUACCAAACCAUCGGCUGCCUCCCCUUCUUCCCCUGGUCAGAAAACACAACAUAGCAAGACAAAAUCUCCAGCCAAAGCAUCAAAUGCUGCAUCCUCUGGGUGUAGAACCCGCUCAUCCUCCGCUGCACAAGAAAUGGAAAAGAUGACAUCAGUGGUUAGGGUCAAGGCUUCAGUGGAGACUCAUUCUGAGCCUCUGAUAGAAGAAGCAAAAGACACAGAAAGCACAGUGGCAAUGUCUGACCACACAGUGUCAGCAGAGAGCUUUGCUGCAAAAACUGUUGAGUCAGAGACAACAAUAGAAACCUCAUCAGAGAUACGUCCACCUCUACAGGGACAUGGAUUAGAGUUGAGCCAAUCCCAGAGUCUGGAGGUUGAUGUUCAUGUCAACACAUGCAAAGGCCGCAAGAAAACCAAAGAGGAUGGGAAAGAAGACAAUGUUGAGAAACAUACAGAGGUGGAGGUGGACAACAGGGAAAAAUAUCAAAUCCUUGGUUCACUUGAUGAACAAACAGAUGAACAGAUGAAUGAUGCGGACCAAGAUGGCAGCUCUGAAGUCCGGCCAACUGUACCCGAGGGAGUCCAGACUUUGCAUGAGGAAAGCUUUCAGGUCUUGGACAGUGUCGACGAUAAAGGCAAAGCCCUCCCACGGGAGUACAGUGAAAUGGAAAUAGACAGUUCUUUCCAAAUGGUGGACAGUGUAAGCCAAGACCAAGCAGAUACAGGUCAAGAGGACAGUCACCAGGUCCAAGAUGAUGGUUCCACAGUUAAGCAAGCGUCUGAGGAAGCAGCAAUUCCUGCUGGCGACAAAUCUGAUGAAGAUUCAGUACAUAAAGAUCAGGAGACAAAUAGUGUAGAUCAAGUGUUAGCUACAGGUAGUAAACAAGCUCCAAGGGACAACGGAGAUGGGAAGACGGGAGAAGAGGACGACGAAGUCAAAGGCAAAAUGCACUCAGCAGAGUCCUGCAAAGCCUUCAAAGAUGUGGAAAAUCCUGAUGGCCGAAUCCCAAAUGAAGACCAGGUUCUUCAGGACACCGACAACAAAGAUACUUUAGAAACCUUUGAGAUACUGGAUUCAAUUGAUGAUCACAGCGCAACAGAAGAUGACAGCCAAACCCUUGGAACUCCCAGUGACCAGAUAUCUAAGGAAGACAGUCGGCCCAUGGAGGUAGAGGAAGACGCGUAUCAGGUAAUUGAUUCGGUGGAAGAUCAGCCAACAACUACAGAGUCAGAGACCGACAACACAGGAAAAAGAAAGAGAGGGGAGGCGACUGCUAGAAAAGAUGAGAGACCAUCAAGGAGGAGUGGCCACGCAACCACAGCAUCCAAAAGUGAAGAGAAGCAGAAAUCACCGAAAAAACAGGACAGGACAGUUAAAAGAUAUGAGACACGGACGAGGAUGGACAAAGAAGUCAAUGAAGAGAUGGUGUAUGAGAUAGUAGAUUCUUUUGAAGACAAACCGGUUCAAGAUGUCGCCGCCACCGAAAUGUCUGGUAGACGAAGGAGUGCAAGAGGUAAGAAAGAGGAUAAAAUUACAUUAAAUCUCACAGAAGCAACUGAAAAACCAGAGGAGGCGACGUACGAGAUUUUAGACUCCGUGGAGGAUGAAACGGCCAGUGAUGAACCGCCCAUCCUGACCAGAUCUACCAGAGGAAAAAGGGAAAGAGCCACUAGGAAAACUACUUUGGAUGAGAAAACGAUAAAAGAGGACACGCCAACAAGAAUGAGGCCCACUCCUGCCAGAGAAUCACAGGAACAAAACCAGGAAAGAACACCAAAGAAAGAGGAGAAAGCCCCUCUAAAAGAGAGCACACCAUCAAAGAAGAGUGACGAUGAUGUAAAAGAGGAAAUUGACUGGGAUGCUACCUAUGAAGUAUUCGACUCCGUGGAGGACGAGGUUGUUAAGGCUGAUCGGCCCGCUACAAGAAGAAAAGGAAAAAGGGGAAGACAGAAGAAAGACGUUAAAACAACUAUAAAAGACACAGACACAUCAAAGGAGGGUGGAAAAGUGGCUGACGAAGAAGAAGCGACCUAUCAGAUUCUCGAUUCUGUGGAGGACGAGAUGGUUAACGAUCAGCCGCCCACAGGACAGUCGGACGAGAAAAAUUCUACCAACGACGAUGAGCAAACCAGGAAAAGUGAAGCUCUCGCAGGAGCACCCAAAAACGAGGAGGAGGAAGAGCCUAUGUAUCAGAUCAUAGAUUCCCUGGAAGACGAUCAAGGUCAAGAAGAACUGACCGCCACAGAGAACAAGACCAAAGAUGAAACUCUUACAAAAGAGGAGGCAUCGGCUGAAAAAGAAGACUCCUCAACAUGUGGCGCCGCAGUCGUGGAAGCGUCCGAAAAAGUUGUCGUCAUGGAGGAGACUCAGUAUCAGGUAGUGGAUGAUUCAGAGGAGACAAAUGACCAUCCGUCUUCUGCAGAAGGGUCUGUUACGGGAAAUAAGAAAGUGGACAAAUCAACAGCCAAAACCCAGAGUGACACUGCCGCACUCGAAAGCGGGAACAAAUCGCCUGAGAAAGACGACCCAACGGGCACUCUGGUGAACCUGGACCAAGUGAGUGAGGAGGAGGACGAUUACCCCGACGACACCGCCGAGGAGGAAGAGCUGAGAAAGCGACAAGCCGCCGCAAAAGAGAAGCUGUUCGCCAAGGAGCGGGAAGCUAGGAGGGCCAGGGAGAGGGAGGAGAGGAGGACCAGGGAGAGGGAGGAGAGGAGGACCAGGGAGAGGGAGGAGAGGGAGCGAAAGAGCCGGAGCAACAGCAGAGCAGGUGGGGGAGAGACGAGGAGGGCGAAGGAGAGGGGGAGGGAAAAGGAUGAGUCGUUGGAGGUGGAUGCCAAGGAGCUGGUGACUCUGGAUGAGGUGGGAGCAGAUGAGGCUGGAGAGGAAAGAGCGCCAGAGAGCCGAGAGUUGGAUGGGGAGAUGACGGAGGGGGAGCUGCAAGCACUUGUCACUCUGGAUGAGUUCGUAGAAGAAGAAGAAGAGGAGGACGACGGAGAGGCCAAGCAAAGCACACUGGAGACCCGCCCACCCAGCCAGGAGGACGAAUCAGAGACUUUGGUGACUUUAGAUGAAGCUGGCGAUGAUGAGGAAGAGAAGCCGGACGAAGAGCAUACUGAGAAAACCUCAUGUACCGUCAAACGCAGUGAUGAUACAGUUUUAGAGGAAAGUCUGAACUUUGUGACGCUAGACGAGGUGGGAGCGGUGGAGGAGAAGGAGGAAAAGGAAGCUGUAAAAACCAGGACUAGAGGACGUGGCAAGAAGAGACAGACCCCUGUGAGAAAAUCUACCAGAGGUAAAACCGUGACUGCAAUAGACGAGAGAGAAGAAGAGUUGGAACCAGCUAGCACCGAUGUUCUGCCUCCAACUCCACUCGAUGCCUCCUCUUCACUGGACACAGAUCCGUCUACGUUGUCAAGUGACGGCCAGCCGGAGAUCCAGAGGGCCGAGGUGGAAGCAGCGAGCCCAGCUGACUUCGAGGCAGCCUCUGCUGGGCAGGAGCUGCAGCCGGAGCACCCUGGGGACCAGACGCUGGAGGGAUGUGUGGAGGAAGGAGAGCAGGAAAAGAAGGAAGGACGGAGCAGGGCGGACAUCAAAGUUGUGAGUAAACUGAGGAGGGAGCCUUUUGGACCUGAAUCAAAGCGAUCUCGUUCUCAGUCUCCUUGUGUCGCUAUGGACGUCAAACUGCCGCCAUUCACACCCAACAACCCCCUCGGUCAGGAGUUUGUGGUCCCAAAAUCAGGCUAUUUCUGUAAUCUCUGCUCUGUUUUCUACCUGAACGAGAGCACCGCCAAGGACCUCCACUGCAGCAGCCAGAGACACUACGACAACCUGCAGAAACAUUACCAGAAACCAUCAAGAAGUUCCAAACAAAGUUCUCAAGGCUCCAUUUCUGAUUGAUCCCGACUCCAACUUAUGACUUUUUUUUUCUUUUUUGUUUGUCAUAAAUGUGAAAACGAGUAAAGCUGGACCAGUGAAACGCCAGCAGCUUUACACAUCAAUGUAUAUAAUAAGCCAUGUUGGUCAUAACUAAUUGCUGUCUGGCAUCUUUAUUCAUAUAAAUGUCUAAAGUAUACAUCUACCAUAAUACGUAGUAAACAUUUUAGCAAGCAUUGCCCUCAAUUGGGUUUCAAACUCCCUCCAACUCUACAGUUUUGGUGCCUUGCUCUGCCUACAGUCACACAGACAUUUGUGUUGUGGAAAAAACAGAAAACUGAGCAGAGUUUCAUGAUAAAGUUUGUAAUGGUUACAUAUUUGGAUAUUAGGAGCUUCAAAAGGUGCUACAUGACCUCUUUUACUCACCAAAUUUAGAUGGGAACUUUACUGCAGGAAGCAAUGGGACUGUGGUUUUAAUAACAGUACUUAGUUUCUUUUGCGCACUGUAGUAAAAUGAAUCGGUUAAUGAGAAAAAAAAUCCAAAUAAAUUAGCAUCAGCAUAAUUAAAUGUUAAAACAUUUUGACAUUUUUAAUCCAGCAUGUAGCACCUUUUAGAAGAACAAACGGUUACUCUUGGAGCCUAUUAACUUGUUUUAAAAAUUGUACGAAUGAAGCCUAGAAUUUAAUUCAGCACAUGAUGUAUAAAGGAAAGUGUUAAUUUUAGCUUUAUUAACCAUGCAAGUGCAAAUUCCCAUCACUGUUGGAGCAGAUGUCUCAGCUUGAAUUCGUAAAGAACUAACCACAGUUUAACUGUUAAACAAACAGCAAGUUUAAACGUAAUGAAGUUUUCUUUUGUUUCUCUCUGAAAACCGUUUCCUAUUGUUUUUCCUUUGGAGAGAUUUUUUUUUUUCUUGUGAAUUUACUAUCAAACUAUUAAAGUAACAAAAAGCAUAGGGUAUUUUCUGGGAUGUUUGUUUUUCUCUCAUUUUGAAACCAUAUCUGAAAUGGCACUGCAUGGUUUCUGCACAUGCAGGUGUAACAUGCCAUUUUUAUUCUGUGAUUAAAAUUAUCUCUGGUAAAUCCUAAA